AUGGAAACUCAGGACAGGGCCCACCGGCCCAUCACCACUCGCCGCGCCCAUGUGCCCACCAAGUCUCCCGCCGUAGGACCGUCUUCCCGCCCAGACGUUGCCUCUCAGAGAAGCGUUACGGUUCGCAAGAUCUGCCAGGAUCCGUUGCGGUGUCUGAACGGACCCGGGCUGCACUCCCAUCUGGCCCAAGUGCCCCGCGAACCACAGCAGGCCGCCAGUGCCUCUAGUUCGACAACCAAGCAGGGCGGACCGAUCCUGAAGAGAACGCGUCCCGAACUCUUACACGCAGAGGUGUCCGUCGAGAAGAGAGUCAGAGCAAGAAACGAGCAGCAAAAGCAGCAGCUUCGGGACAUGCCACAAUCGGAGUCGGUCGCGAUGCCUGCUGAGCCGCCAGCCGAGGCCGUGUGUGCCCCCUCGCGCCCUGGUCAUGAUGGAAGGUCUGGCGAAAAGAAACCGCCAAAGGACGAAGGGGCCGUGAAGAAAACUGAAGACACUUCUAUGAAAACACUAGCUGACUGGGUGUCGGAGCUGAAGAGGGACCGCGAGCAGAGAGCUGCGGAUGCCCGUGCCGAGCGUGCUCCCGCCGCCGGGGAGAAGAAGAAGCCGGAGCCACGACUCAACAUGUUGACCGGGAGGGAGGACACGGCCAAGAUCCCGGUGGAUGGCAACAUCCAGCGGGUGGCCCAGCUCGCACCGGCUUAUAUCUCGCCGAACCUUCUGAGCGGCGCGACGCUCGGCGGCUAUCCCUAUGGCCACGCCUACAACUACUGUCAUCCUGUCAACGGAAUUGCCGCUGGGUCGAGUACGGUCUUCUCACAGCCCUUGAAUACCGCCAGCGUCCGCGCGCCAUGGACCAGUGUUCCGGUUCUUUGUGCGGUCCCGUUGUGCAUGCAGCAGGCGGUGAGCGGUUCGCUACCAUCUCCUGCGGACGUGUCUGCGGGCGGGCGAGAUGACCCGAUAUGCGCGCUCCACUACGAGUUGCGAGCCGAAAGUGAACUACGGAUGCAAGAGCUGCGCAAGAGUGGCCUGGAACGAAAAUGCGAGGAAGAAAAGGAGAAGCAGCCGGAGCCGCCAAGGCAGCCCGAGAAGGCCGACGCCUGCACUCUGAACAUCCAGGAGGAGUACCGCGAGCUCCUGGACAAGCUCGUACGCUGGCGAAUCUCGACGGAGGGCGUGCAGGCCAUCAAGGACGAGCUGGGCAGGCUCACCAUCGUACCUACGUCCGCAACUGCGCCAGAGGCCGAGACCGGCAAGGGGCCGUCUGAGCUGGAUGCCGUCGAUACCGAAAUCCGCCCUGGCGCCAACGAGGCCGGGAAGGCAAGGAAGGCAGGGGAAGCCGACCGCGGUCCCAAGACGAGCUCGACGGACCCCGAUGGUUCCCCCAGCGAAUACACCCAGCGGUGGGUCACGGAUCCGGUUCGGGCGACGGGGGGUAAGGACGUGUCAGGUAACGAGCGUCACCCCUACUCCGGCUGCGACUCCUCUGUCGGCGUGAAGCCUACGGCCCCUGCACCGGGUAAGGCGGUCAUGCCUCCCGUCGAGCCCACCACUUUGUCCACGAUGCUGGCGGAUGCCGCGGAAGCGCCGCCCAGUGAUAGGCGGCCCGGGGGGAGGGGCGCCGGCGCGGUGGCCAGUCUGGCUCUGCCUGCUUCUGGCGGGGACGAGCACAGGUCUUGGGUGCAUCAGUCUGAUGUGAGGAAGCGAUUCGAAGAGAGGAAGCGUAACAAGGCGAGGAAGCGCGACGAGGCGAAGGCCAAGGAAGAAGCCAGGAUGGAGGCUCAGAACCUGGUUUUCGACGUCGUGGACGCCUCGGAAGGGGACAACCCCGGGGACGAGUACGUCGAGGUUGCGGCCUGCGAGAGUGGGCAUGAGGACGACGGCGCGGCCAUGUGCAACGUUUCUCGCAAGGAGAUUCCUGAGAUGGCGAAAACAUCGACGGCGGCGACGGAGGCGGCGAUUACGGAGGGGGAUUUUGUCCUUCUUUGA